UGGGAGCUGGGGACGCAAGUUCAAGGAAAAGCAGGAGAGCAGCGUCUCCCUGGAACCCUGGGAGAGGGGGUUGAAGGGUUGCAUGUGCCCCAUUCCAAGUGGAAUGUCAGAGCGGGCAAGUCCAACUGCAAACUUACCUGCCUAGGUGUGGACCACUCAUCAAUGGCCUCCUCUCUGCCUCUGGUGCCGGGAAAAGAAGGAUUUGGCAUCACCAGAACUUUCCAGAGAAGCUUGACUUUUGCUAGUCUGCACCACUGAAUUCAGAGGUAUUUGUGAUUACCAAACGGGGAAGAACAAGGACAUUACCAGGUUUACAUUAUAUUUCACAGCUGUACCAACUCAUUAUAACCUUGCCAGGAGCCUCUGGUGACAGCAAAGCCUUGAUUAGUGGAAACACGCUUUAAAACUCCUGAGAUUUCCAAAUUGUCUAGCUAGAAGGUAUGGAAGGGGGUGAUCUGGGUGGUUCGGCCUGGAGAAAAUGCCCACAAAAUAUAAGCUAGAGAUUUCUUCAGCUGUCUUUUAAAGUAGUUGAUCUGUUCUUUUUGAUUCAUGUUUUUCCAAAUUUGUAAUUGUAAAGGUUUUGUUGAAGUGGGGGCAAGGCGGAGGGGUUCAUUCCAGUUUUACCAAGUAGUCCUAGAGGUCAGUGGUGUACACAUAUAGGAAUGGAUACAUGGGGUGGAGGGAGAAAAGGGUUUGCAGUUUAUAGGGUCUACACUUUACUAUGUAUAUGAAUCACCUGGGAGCUUGUGACAACGCAGAGGCUGACUCAGUGAGUUGAGGGUGGAGCCUGCGAUUCUGCGUGUUGAGCCAGUUCCCAGGUGCUGCUGGUCUGCAGACCGGUCCAAAGUUAACUUCAAAAAGACGGCUUGUGUUUGAGUUGGCUAAGGAAAUUUACCGAAAUGGAUCACAUCUUGGACAGAUCAGAUGAUGAGGACAACAUUUUCUUUGAAAAUCCUCAAACUGACUUCCUUCAAGAGGCAGCCACUAAAAAACAGGAUAUGUUGGAGCUGGAGGCUGAGCAUGACCAGGACCUGCAGAGUAAACAGGAUGAGCAAGAAACACAUGAUGCUCAGUGUGAGGACCCUCAACUCUCCACAUCUUUGCAGUUUUCAGAGAACAUCCCUAAACUGAGUCAGAACAUAUUUUUCCAGCUACACCACUGGAAUACACAGACGGGUCUACAAGUGAAGGAACUCGGAGACGAUCACAUGGGCUGGAUGAAGAAAAUUAACAGUAUUAUACAAAGAGUAACCCUAUCAGAAAGCACAGUGAAGAGCUUGUUAAGUGAGGUGAUGUCUUUGGAGGGCCAAAUUGAAAAGCUGGAGUUACACCAGGGCCGUGACCCUGACAAGGGGGAAAACAUCAAGGAGAAGAUUGUGGAAAUUAAAAAGCAACUAGGAGAAAUGGAUAACAAAUUUGUCCAGGCUGAUGCUUGUAAUGAAGCUCAUGAAUUAAAGGAGAAACUCGUUGCAAAAAUAGAGAACUUCUGCAAGGACAUGACUGUGAUGAGUAAAAGACUGGGGAUGUACCCAAUGAGAGAAGAGCACACAGACUCUUGGAGUCCUGAAGACACGGGUAGGGAAGAAAUGGAGCAUCUGCUUCUUCAGGCUCCCCUGACCCCUUCAGUGCAGAACUCCCCUCCUCGCAGUACCUUGUGGAAACGGGCACUGAGGAUUUUCAUCAUAUUUUAUGCCCUCACCUUCACUGUACUUUCAUGUUACAUAUUAUUUUUUGAUGCCACGUUUAUCUUUGAAAGCGUGCUCCCUACAAUGCUUGGGCGCCGCAGAACGUGGGAACUACGGGAGAUUAUUGUGCCUUUCUUAAAUUUGGAAGUGGAAGACUUGUUACCCUCCUAAAGAUACACAAAUUGCUGUUACACUACUGACU